GAUUCCGAUAUGGUAUUCUUCAUUCACCAGGGAAGAAGAAGCAAUGACAACCCUCCAUCAUCGAUGAGCACACAGAAUCAAGAAUUUGCAACAUGUUUUGAUCCAUUCUUCUUUUUAGCGUCAUUAACAGAUUAAUCCUCGAUGCAAACACAUCUUAUUGAUGACUAAUUGAUUUGUUCCAUAUGGCUACAUCUCCGACUCUAUGAACCGCCAUACCUAUCACCGAUUUGCGUGUAAUUCUUUAUCAUCGUUAUCUGGUUCUCAGUGCCCCUAGUCAAAUGGUGGAGAUCAAAUUUUUAGAUUAGGUAGAAGAAGAAGAAAUGGUGAAGAGGAGUGAAACUUGUUACCGGUGGAGGCUCCAUCAAAGGUGGAUGCUUGGUCUCGACGGAGAUGGUAAUUCCAAUCUGAAGAAGAGAAUCCAAUUUCUUGGUUUUAUUGUUGGCGUUAUCGUCCUCAGUUUCACAGCUGAAAAAUGCAGACAAAUGGUUGGAGAAACGGGAUCAUCCCAAAGUGGAAAGUUCACCAUCUUCAACUGUUUAGAUGGGGGUUCAGGAACAUUAGCAUGCAUAGUAAAAGAAAGUGUGAAACUUUACACAUACAACAUCAGAACACUUCAUGUUGAAGUAGCAAGAAACAAAGCAAUCGAAGCAUCACUAGCAGAUGCAAUUUCCCAAGGCAUGGAAGCCAAAGCUGCUGCAAAACAAGCCCAAAAAGACGGAGCGAAAGCUGCAAAAAUGGCGACCCGGAAAGCUAAACGGAUCAUAGGCCCGAUUAUAUCAUCCGGGUGGGAUUUCUUUGAAGCCAUUUACUAUGGAGGAACUGUGACUGAAGGGUUUCUUAGGGGUACAGGAACAUUGUUUGGGACUUAUUUUGUAGGGUAUUUAGGGGAAGAAAGGUUUGGGCGAUUUGGGUAUUUGGUUGGAAGUCAAUUUGGAAGUUGGAUUGGUGGAAGGAUUGGGCUUAUGGUUUAUGAUAUUGCUAAUGGUGUUCAUUUCUUGCUUGGGUUUGGUCAAUUUGAGGAGAAUGUUGGUCAACGGGAGGAGAAUGUUGGUCAAAUAGAGGAAAUUGUUGGUCAACUGGAGGAAAGUGUUGGUGAAAAUGGGUAUGGGGGUUCGUUUCUUGAAAUGGUCAUGGGUUAUGUGGGUUUGUAUUUGUCUGAAGAAUCUCAAGUGUCUGAGGAGGCUGAUGUUUUUGAAGCUCCGGUUUAUGAGAGCUUUGAGUCAACUGAAGAACUUUGAUAAAGUAAUUGUACUUUUAUUGAUUCUAUGUAUGUGUAGAAGCAUUGGAACAGUUAUUGCAACUUGUUAAUAUGCAACUGGUUGUGUAUGAAGUGGCAUAAGUUUUUAAAAUUCUAGAUACAUUAACUGCUUAGUUGUAUUGUAACAUAUAUAAUAAGUUAUGAAGGGGUGGGGUGGGUGUAAUUGGGGUAUAACUUAUUGGUGAUUUAUUUAUUUAUUUUCUCAUAACAAUGAGAGGUAUAUUGUUGGUGAGGUAGGGGCAUUAAUAGAGUAGAGAUGUACAAUUUGUUUCUUUUUAAAUUUUAAUUUCUGGAACAAUGGUG